UAACCCCGAAGUUCCCCGCGAUCAGCUGAUCCCGGCUGACAACGAGGGGAGCGGGCGGAGGGGGCGCGGGUCCUGGCCGGCCCUGCCCUGCUCAGUUCCCCGGAGCGCCCCGACUGCAUGGUCGACCCCUGGGGGUGGAGAACCGGGAGAUCCCCCCCGGGCGCAGAGGGGACGGGGGGGAGGAGGAAGCCGCGGCCGGGACCCGAGUCCUUAGUCACCGGGUGCCGGCGGGAGGAAGGGGAAGAAAGGUGGCCGCCGGCUUGUAAACAAUAGCCCGGCUCGCGGCGCCCCGUGCCGCGCCGCCUUUGUUCCCGGUCGCACCGCGGCUGCCGCUGCUCGGCGGGAGGAGCCCGGGGGCUUCCCCCUUGCCGGCCGGCCGGCGCCGGGCGCAGCCCCAGCUGUCUCCGUUCUCAGCUUCAGGGAAAUACUUGCUGUGUCUGUUGAAGUACACCAGGCUGGGGUUUUUUCUCGUCACUGACAGUCUGUUAAACAGCUAAGUAGAGAGAGAACGUAUACCAGCAUUUGAGUCUAAUAAUACAUUAAAUCAGCCACAUUGUCUGAGUUUAUUUUGGAGGAAGAAAACUUCAUUAGCAUUUAACAACACUCUUCCUGUAAAGCAGAAACAGGAGGGAAAAACAUUGCUUUAAAGAAACCUGAAGAUGAGUGCCCACACACAAACUGUGGAGAAAGGACAGAACACGACACUCCUGUGCCAGGAAAGCUACGUUUGUAGUGGGACAGAUGAAGCAGUCUUUGAGUGCGAUGAGUGCAGGAGCCUGCAGUGCCAGCGUUGUGAAGAAGAGCUGCAUCAGCCUGAAAGGUUGCGGAACCACGAACGGACCCGUAUAAGACCCGGCCAUGUCCCGUACUGUGACUCCUGCAAAGGUGCCAAUGGGAACAUAAUGCAUGCCAGUAUGACGGGCUCAAGGCAGAUAGCAGCAGUGAGGUGCCAGGUGUGCAAAAUCAACCUCUGUGUGGAGUGUCAGAAGAGAACACAUGCUGGGGGGAACAGAAGGAAGCACCCUGUCACCGUGUACCAUGCUGGCAAAGCCCAAGAACAGGAAGAGGAGGAGGGGAUGGAUGAGGAGACCAAGAGAAGGAAGAUGACAGAGAAAGUUGUGAGUUUCCUCUUGGUGGAUGAAACUGAAGAGAUUCAGGUGAGGAAUGAGGAAGACUUUAUUAAGAAACUGGACUGCAGUCCUGACCAGCACCUAAAGGUAGUGUCCAUCUUUGGGAACACAGGGGAUGGCAAGUCUCACACCCUUAACCACACUUUCUUCUAUGGCCGGGAAGUCUUCAAGACGUCUCCUGCCCAGGAGUCUUGCACAGUUGGAGUCUGGGCAGCCUAUGACCCUGUCCGCAAAGUGGUGGUCAUUGAUACAGAGGGCCUCCUGGGGGCCACUGUCAACCUGAGCCAGAGAACACGGCUGCUGCUGAAGGUCCUGGCCAUCUCUGACCUUGUCAUCUACCGUACUCGUGCUGACAGGCUCCACAAUGACCUCUUCAAAUUCCUUGGUGAUGCCUCGGAAGCUUAUUUAAAACACUUCACCAAGGAGCUAAAAGCUACCACAGCCCGCUGUGGCCUAGAUGUUCCUCUGUCAACUUUGGGUCCAGGUGUCAUCAUCUUUCAUGAGACUGUGUACACCAAGCUACUGGGCUCUGAUCAUCCUUCUGAGGUUCCUGAGAAGCUCAUUCAGGAUCGGUUUCGGAAGCUGAGCUGUUUUCCUGAGGCUUUCAGCUCAAUUCACUACAAGGGAACAAGGACGUACAAUCCUCCAACAGAUUUCUCUGGGCUUAGGCGAGCUGUGGAGCAGCAGCUGGAGAACAAUACUACUCGGUCACCUAGACAGCCUGGGGUUAUCUACAAAGCACUAAAAGCUCUAAGUGACCGGUUCAGUGGGGAGAUCCCUGAUGACCAGAUGGCUCACAGCUCUUUCUUUCCAGAUGAAUAUUUCACAUGCUCCUCUGUGUGCCUCAGCUGUGGGUGUGGCUGUAAGAAGAGCAUGAACCAUGCAAAGGAAGGAGUCCCUCAUGAAUCCAAAAGUCGAUGCAGAUAUUCUCACCAGUAUGAUAACAGAGUCUACACUUGCAAGGCCUGUUAUGAACGAGGGAUGGAGGUCAGCGUGGUGCCAAAAACCUCUGCUUCCACGGAUUCCCCUUGGCUGGGCCUCGCCAAGUAUGCCUGGUCAGGGUACGUGAUCGAGUGCCCCAACUGCGGCGUGGUGUAUCGCAGCCGGCAGUACUGGUUUGGCAACCAAGACCCUGUGAACACUGUAGUGAGGACAGAAAUUGAGCAUGUCUGGCCAGGGACUGAUGGAUUUCUGAAAGACAACAACAAUGCAGCCCAGCGUUUGUUGGAUGGCAUGAAUUUCAUGGCUCAGUCAGUAUCUGAACUUAGCCUGGGACCUACAAAAGCUGUGACCUCCUGGUUGACAGACCAGAUUGCCCCAGCUUACUGGAGACCCAACUCUCAGAUUCUGAGCUGUAAGAAGUGCAACACACCUUUCAAAGAUAACGACACAAAGCAUCACUGCCGGGCCUGUGGAGAGGGCUUCUGUGAUGGCUGUUCUUCCAAGACCCGUCCAGUGCCUGAGCGAGGCUGGGGACCAGCACCAGUGCGCGUGUGUGACAACUGCUAUGACAACAGGGGCAUCCAGUUAGAUGUGGCUGAAUUGCCUUCAGAUGAGGAAGGGGGUACACUUAUUGCCAGGAAGGUGGGGGAAGCUGUGCAAAACACCCUUGGAGCGGUGGUGACAGCCAUGGACAUUCCCUUAGGUCUGGUAAAAGAUGCUGCCCGACCUGCAUACUGGGUACCAGAUCAUGAAAUCCUGCACUGCCACAACUGCCGGAAGGAAUUCAGUAUCAAACUCUCCAAGCACCACUGUCGGGCCUGUGGCCAGGGAUUCUGUGACGAGUGCUCACACGACCGCAGAGCGGUUCCCUCUCGCGGAUGGGAUCACCCAGUCCGAGUUUGCUUUAACUGCAAUAAAAAGCCUGGUGACCUUUAACCCCAGGCUGCUCUCCAGAUCUUUGCAAUUCCUUAUGUUCUCAGGGUUACAAAUGAAAAUAUCUGGUCUCCCUUUCACCUUCUAACCUGUUGCAGCCAGAGUGCAUGUUUCCAGUUUCUGGCCUCCUCUCGUGUUAUAUCCAUCUUGGAACACUGGGAAUGAGCUUACAUUCAGCCUCUAGGUUUUAAUUUCAAAUUAACUGGGAAAGGGAGGGAGCUCCCUUGUAAAUGAGCAACCCAAAAUCCAGUGUAUUUUAUUCCAAUUAAAAAAUAAAACCAACUAUAUAUAUAUAUAUCAACUAUGUAUGAUUUAGUAUAUUAAGAAUAUGGUUGAAAAUGAAGGUUUGAGUAUUCCUAGUUCAAAUGAUGGAUGGUGGUGUUCCUUACUGUAUUGGAUCAGAGUUAUGGCCUUCUAAUUCUUCUUUUGGAAUGUCUUGCUGAUCAUGAUGUCCUGUGAGGAAGGUUUGGACUCUGCUGCCAGGAAUCUCCAGUGCUGAUAUAUGAAUUACACGUGGUAGUUCAGCCAACUCUGCAUCUAGAGGUGCUGCCCUUCUGGCCAUGGAAGAUUAAACCCAGAUUUAUUAACAAUUUUGUUUGAACUGAUAUGAGCAAUGGUCUUGCAGUGCAAGAGGUAUCGAGUUAACACAGACUCCCUGGCAGAGACUGGUAGAGCUCUGGAAGGUGAAGCAAAUCCUAUGGCACGAGGCAAAGCAUUCUGAUCUUGCCAUUUCAACUUCAAUACCAGAUCAAAAGGUAGCAGGGCUUUUCUCUCCCUGACAAUGAUUCCAUGUACUCAGGUUUUCUUCAAGUUUCUCUGUAAGAUCAUUGCAGUUAAAAAAUUUUGUCUGGAGCAGAAGAAGAGAACAAGUUUUGUAGGCAAUUCUGAGAUAAAAAGUUUGAGUUGUUUGGGUUGUGGUGACUUUCCUUUUCCCCCACUUUUUAAGUGAUCCUAUAGUCUCCAAAGCCUCUGUGUUCUCAGAUAUGGUUGCAUAGAAACUGCACAGAUUUGUCUUACUUUCUUCUAAUAAUAUGAACUUACAAAUCAGCCUGGAAAAUGGGAACCUUUCUUCUUUGCUCCUAGCAACUGGCACUUACUGGACUUUAUCCUUUUAUGAAAGGACUGCAAUGAAUUCACUGAUUUUAUUAUGAAAAGCACCACUUUACCUAACUUAUACUGUCAUGUACUGUGGAUUUGUGGUUCCACUUAUAAGAAGUAUGAGACCAUUGUGGAUUAAACUGCCUAAAAUUCUCCCUUCUUGGCUUAAAUAGACAAAAAUUCUUCUACCACAUGAGAGUUGCCUCCGCUUGGAGUGGCUGGAGCUUAAUGCAGUGUCCUGCAACUGUGGUAUUUUUUCCCCAGCUUAUUAAAUGUGCUCUUGUGUGAUGAGAUGCCCAACACCCUGUUUUAAGACUGUAUUAUUAAAUUAACUGCUAUAAAGAACUUUAUCUUCUGAACAAGUGUACUGACUUUCCUUGUAACAAGCGGUUCUCACUUUGUCUCUGAAAGAUCAUGCUCACAAAGUGUUUGUCCCUUCACAACUACAUCCAGCCUACACAAGGAAGUAGACUUAGAAGAUGUUCCAGGACACCUUCGGUACUGGCCAAGUUUACUGCGGACUGUCUUAUGUUUUUGUAAGCAAAAGUCUGCCAUAAACUGACUGUUGUCCAAGUAAGGGCAUGAGUAGGUAGAAAUCCUCUCUUAAAAGACAUUCUGUACAUCUAGCAUAAUUCUGUGCUUCAAAGUAUUCUUUAUUUUUUUAAUGGGUGAGCAAUGUGUUCUUGGUUUGUAGGCUGUGCCCUGUGUGCUGUUUAUGCAUGUAGCUUUACUACCAUGUUAAUGCACAAAGAGAAAGCAGCCAUGACAUUCCUUGUAUAAAAUCUUUGGCAUCUGUUUCAACAA